AUGUUUCAUGUUUGGGAGAAAAACAUGGCAGCGCUCACGAAUGAAGUUCAGAUUGUUCCUGUCAAAAAGCCCACAGUCCGUGGACCACGGCGGAUAGCCAAUCAAAUUCCAGAUGAAAUCCUGCAAGACCCUGAGUUACAGGAGGCGAUCAAAGCCCUGCCUGCAAAUUACAACUUUGAGAUCCAUAAGACGGUUUGGCGAGUGAGACAAGCAAAAUCUACGAGAGUUGCUCUGCAGCUUCCAGAGGGCCUGCAGAUGUUUGCCUGUGUCAUCGCCGACAUCGUUGAGAGGUUUACGGAGGCAGAUACCAUUGUGAUGGGGGACGUCACGUACGGGGCCUGCUGCGUGGACGACUUCACCGCCCGAGCCCUAGGAGCUGACUUCAUGGUGCACUACGGCCACAGUUGUCUCAUCCCCAUAGACUCCACAGCAGGUAUUAAGAUGCUCUAUGUGUUUGUGGAUAUCCAGAUGGACAAUGCACACUUCAUGGACACGGUCAAGUUCAACUUCCCUCCCGGACAAUCUCUGGCACUCGUCAGCACUAUUCAGUUUGUGGCAGCACUGCAGGCUGUGAGUGCAGCCCUCAAGCCAGAGUAUGAUGUGCUGGUCCCACAGUGUCGACCUCUAUCACCAGGAGAAAUUUUGGGCUGUACCUCCCCUCGCUUGGACCGCCAUGUCAAUGCCGUAAUUUAUCUGGGAGAUGGAAGAUUUCACCUGGAGUCAAUCAUGAUCGCAAACCCAGACAUCCCUGCUUACAGAUAUGACCCCUACAGUAAAGUUUUCUCCCGGGAGUACUAUGACCACGAAGCCAUGCGUGCCUUAAGGCUCCAGGCAAUUGACAAGGCCCGAUCGGCCCAGAGAUGGGGCCUGAUCAUGGGCACGCUGGGCCGGCAGGGCAGCCCCAAAGUCAUGGAGCACCUGGAGUCGAGGCUCCAGUCAUUGGGAAAGUCCUUCACUCGAGUGCUCCUGUCCGAGAUUUUCCCAGGCAAGCUGGAUCUGAUGCAAGAUGUAGAUGCGUGGAUCCAGAUCGCUUGUCCACGCCUUUCUAUCGACUGGGGCACAGCCUUUUCUAAGCCCCUGCUGUCUCCAUAUGAGGCAGCUGUGGCUCUACAGGAGGCUCCCUGGAAGGAAGUCUACCCCAUGGAUUUCUACUCCAAUCAGAGCCUGGGACCGUGGGCGCCCAACCACCCUGACAACCAACCUGUGCGGCCCACGCGCAGACAGACUCAGAAACAAGGCUCAGAGCCAAUCCUUCCUACCAAGCAGUGUAUGCCGAACCAGUGCGCCCCCUGUGGCUGUCAAGGGGAAUGACACAUGUCGUCCAGCUCCAUCUUUGACUUGCCUCGUGCCUGCCAGUGCUUCUGCCUCUGCUAAUGGCUGGACACAGAAAAGGAGAGUGGGUAUUUGUCCAGACAGCGAGCAGAGCUAAAGUCAGAGGAGCCCUCAGCCGCUCCUCGAAUGGAUUACCAUCCAUAAAUAAUCCCUAAUUUUACAGCACAGCAGAUCAAACCAAAUUCAUUGCUCUUAUUCACGUUUUCUGCACGUGUCCUGAGCUCAAAAUGCAAGCGACCGAGAGUAAAGCUUGUGCGUUUGAGGUCAUGCUUGUUCAUGUGAGUCACAUUCCCAUGAAGAAGCUCCUCUCUGCUGUGGUAAGAGAGAAAUGUUUCCUGCAGCAGGAAAUGUGUGGGCCUCUGGGCUUUUGUGAUCGUUAGAGAGAACACGCAAGAUGACCUUGAGUAUGUUAUAUGGAAUGAAAGUGUUAAUGUGAGUGGAUGUAGUUAAACACAAUCCAUGCUUCCUUGUAUAAAGCGCUGUAUGUAUGUAAGCACUUCAAAUGAGUUUCCCUUCAUAUGUCUAUGACUGUCUGGACAGUGAUAGCCAUGUUGUAUGUUGUAUGUCUACUGAAAAUGUGAUGACAUAACCUUGUUUCUCUGUCUUGCCUUUUUUUUGUCAAACUCUGAAACAAUAAAUCAGAACUAUAUCCUUGCUUCUUGUGUGAGUGUUUUUGAUAAACGCAGUGCCAUGCUGAAGCGAUGGGUUUGUUUUUAAGCCUGUGCACUGCUAGUCACAACUGCUGAUUCUCCACCCUCAUUAUUUAUUAAUGGAGGAGUCUGUCAAUAAAUAAAUAAACCCUCUAUUGCUAUUUGGCUGCAGCAGAAAGUGAUUGACAGCAGCGCUCCAGGGGUCCAGAUGAUCCCGAGAACUUGUAAAUCUUCCCCAGAUUGCAGCACAUUUUCUCAGGUGGGUAUGAUCUUCUGUGAGUUUUGUUAUUUGCCUACAACGAGGCUUCUCUAGUCAGACCCUCCCUCUACUUUCCAACAUCGUAUCUCCUUGGCAACAGAGGCCAGUGUGAUGCAGCCCGUCCCGCCAGAUGUCUUUCUCAUGAUGUGUCUCACAUGCCGCACUAGUAGCUGUUAUUUUGAAGUGUUCAGUGUGUGUGUGUGUGUGUGUGUGUGUGUGUGUGUGUGUGUGUGUGUGUGUGUGUGUGUGUGUGUGUGAGAUGCGGCCAAUAAUAAAUUAUUGGGCGGUAGAGCUCACUCGCAGUAGAUGUUUGAUUUAUUUUUGGUGCUCUCUAUCAGGGGGAAAGAGGGAAAAAGUUUAAUAAAUCCUCUUCUAUCUGCAUCUAAAGUGUUUAAGAUUUGUUUUGCUUUAAAUAUUAAUUACAUUUUUGAUUUGAACAUCAGUAAAAGAGGAUGUGUUUCAAAAAAUGUUUUAGCCUGCAAGACAAACACACUUUGUGUGACAGGUUUAGAAUUUAAACUAUUUUAGAAAAAGAUGGAACUAAUGGGUAUUUAAAUAUCGUAAAUGAAAUCAAACAGGGCUCUUAUUACAUCGCUAACAAUAUUGGACAACACUGGACACUUUGAUGUAUGCAUACCACUGUAUAAUGUUUUUGAAACUAAUAUGAUCUUAUCUGUACUGUGUAAUGUGUGAAAAUAAAUUAAAAUUGUUGACAUAAAUGUUA